GACUGGAGAUAGUUGCUGUCUACUUUGCCUGGAGAUGCUGAGCUUCCAGCAGACUUUGGUGGCAUGUGGGAGAGCAGGUCUCCCAGCCCUGAGCAUCUCCUUUCCUUUGGUCUGUGUCCAUGUGCCAGGUGCAGCCAACACAGGGAGAGGAUCCAGGGAAGGCUGCUUGUUCCUGUCUCCAGCUCACAAUCUCUCUCUUCCCUACAGAACCGAUCUCUGGGAAGGCAGAGCCUCCCUGGCAUUGUUGGGACCCUGCCUUGAAGAGCCCCCUGUCCUGUAGACACAACCUUGUAGUCUGUCUUCUUGGUUAAUGACUGGGGCUGCUCAUCCUCUUCUGUGCCUUAUCUGAGGUCCUUGUCCAUCCCUGAGAUCGGGCAUCUUCUCUCUCUGGGUUGGGUCACUAUAAGCGGGAAACUGAAGCCAUUACUCUCCAAGCCUUGUUUCAUCUUCCCAAGCAUGUCGGAAACCUGGCAGCAGCCGCCACAGACACAGCCACAGCAGCCGCAGCCACCACAGCCUCAGCACCAUGCAGAACCACCACCGGCCCUGGCGGAGCACACGCUGCCCCCAGGCACGGCUGAGAACCCCCUAGGCUGUGCUGUCUAUGGUAUCCUCUUGCAGCCAGAUCCAGGCCUGCAGCCCCCACAGCACGCGCCCCUCCAGGCAGCUAGCGAGCAGGCCCCCAAGUGCGGGGUGUGUGGUCAUGACCUGGCACACCUGUCCAGCCCACACGAGCACCAGUGCCUGGCGGGCCAUGACCGCUCGUUCCAAUGCACCCAGUGUCUCAAGAUCUUCCACCAGGCCACGGACCUACUGGAGCACCAGUGUGUGCAGGCUGAGCAGAAGCCUUUUGUCUGUGGUGUCUGCAAGAUGGGCUUCUCUCUGCUCACCUCCCUGGCACAGCACCACAGUGCCCAUACUGGCCUUGUGAAGUGCUCCAUCUGCGAGAAGACCUAUAAGCCAGUGGAGGCCACUGAGCCAGCCACCACUGCGGGCCCUUCACUUCCCCCUGCACCCCCACCUCCUGCUGUGGCCCCUACGGAGCAGCCUGAAAAACCCUACAGCUGCCCCAUCUGCCAGAAGCCCUUCAAGCACCUGUCAGAGCUCUCUCGCCAUGAGCGGAUCCACACUGGUGAGAAGCCUUACAAAUGCACGCUGUGUGACAAAAGCUUCAGCCAGUCGUCCCACUUGGUGCACCACAAGCGCACACACAGCUCAGAGCGGCCCUACAAGUGCGCUGUGUGCGAGAAGACCUUUAAGCACCGCUCUCACCUGGUGCGCCACAUGUAUGCUCACUCAGGUGAACACCAUCUGUUCCGCUGCAACGUGUGUGAGUUGCACUUCAAAGAGUCAUCGGAACUGCUGCAGCACCCGUGCACCCCGAGUAGCGAGCGGCCCUUCCGCUGCGGAGAGUGCCAGAAGGCCUUCAAGCGGCCCUCGGACCUUCGGCAGCAUGAGCGCACGCACAGCGCUGAGCGGCCCUUCAAGUGUGACCUGUGCCCCAUGGGCUUCAAGCAGCAGUAUGCGCUUAUGCGGCAUCGGCGCACGCACAAGACUGAAGAACCCUUCAAGUGCGGCCUGUGCGAGAAGGGGUUUGGCCAGCCUAGCCACCUUCUCUACCACCAACACGUGCACACCCUCGAGACUCUCUUCAAGUGCCCUGUGUGCCAGAAGGGCUUUGACCAGUCGGCUGAGCUGCUGCGGCACAAGUGUUUGCCAGGCUCAGCCGAGAGGCCCUUCAAAUGCCCUGUAUGCAACAAGGCCUACAAGCGGGCUUCAGCCCUGCAGAAACACCAGUUAGCACACUGCUCGGCAGCUGAGAAGCCUCUGCGCUGCACACUGUGUGAUCGCCGCUUCUUUUCCUCCUCAGAGUUUGUGCAGCACCGCUGUGACCCUGCACGUGAGAAGCCCCUUAAGUGCCCGGACUGCGAGAAGCGUUUCAAGUAUGCUUCAGACUUGCAGCGCCACCGUCGGGUACACACUGGUGAGAAGCCCUACAAGUGCCCCAACUGCGACAAGGCCUUCAAGCAGCGUGAGCACCUCAACAAGCACCAGGGUGUGCACGCCCGAGAGCAGCAGUUCAAGUGUGUGUGGUGUGGCGAGCGUUUCCUGGACGUGGCCUUGCUGCAGGAGCACAGUGCCCAGCACAGUGCUGCAGCUGCAGCUGCUGAGGGUGCCUACCAGGUGGCCGCCUGCCUGCCCUGAGGCCCUUCAGCCCAGUGGGUCCAGUCCAGCCUCGCCUCCUUAUGGCUUCCUUAUAGCUGCAUCACAUCAAGACCCCCACCCAGCUUGGUGUUCUGAGUCCCUGGGAGGGUGCUGGGCAGGUGGAAGGUGUGUAGUGCCAGGCACUCCUGGCUCAUCAUUGGGGAGAGCCAGAUAUUGAUUCCAUAAACUUUUCCCACCACAGGAAUCCUUCCAGAGAGCUGCCAGCCUCCCUCAUCUCUGGAAUCCCACUGGCAGUCAAGUGGCUCCAACCUUCCCAAAUCUUCCAGCCUAGUUAGAAAUCAGUUGGGGGUGGGGGGAGGGUUAUAGUAGGGCCUAGACCCCAGAGGUAGGUGGCGCGGGGCAUCCCUGUCAAGUUGCUGUUGAGGGAGGAAGGCCAGUUUUGUGAUGUAGUCCUGGGGAUGAGGAGGGCAGACAGGGAGCCAAAGGUGAUGUGUCCCCCAGGUUUCUGAUAGUCUAGAUGUUCAGGACAGGACUCUUCAGGCAGGGUCUGCCUGGGGACCAGUGAGCCUAGCCAGGAGCUGGGAAGCAGACAUUCCUGUGACACCUUCAAGGGGGACAGAGCUAGCCAGGGGGAAGGAGGACAAGCAGACUGUUUAUGCUGAGGGCUUAUCCCAUAGCUUUGGGUGUGGCUCUGAGCUGUCAGAGGGGGCUGCAAGUGUGAAAGAAGGGGACUGGAGUCCUCCAGGUAUCAGAGGAAAUAGGCCAAGCCCAUGAUGUCCCCAGCAGAUGCACAAGUGUCCUCCCCACAAAUUGUGUGAACCAAAGUGUCUGUGGUCCCAGACCUGCCUCAGGGCCCAGACCAGGCUUGGGUGCCAGGGUGGAAAAUGGCCUCUGGCCCUACGGUGCCCAGUCAGCCCAUGGGAAUACCACCCCUUCAUCAGUCUGCUUGCUGCCCUGGACCCUAGGGAUCUUAUGCUCUGGAUAACAUCCAGCUACUUCCAAGCCCGGAGUUCUCCUUUGGGGCUUCCUAGAGCUCACUAGGUCUCUUAAGGCAGAAGAUGUCCAGGGCACAGGGAAUAAGGGGAGUAAGUGGGUUAAGGAAUCCAGUAGGUAGUGUGCCUGUCAGGUGGAUAGAAUCAACUGAGAUCGCGGUGGCUUGGGCCACCUUUUAUUAUCAAAAUUAUCAUUUUUGAACCCAGCUCUGCCGCUGCCCUCUUCUGGCUCCACCUGUUCCUGGUCUUAAAGAAGACUGAUCGGUACACACGCCAAGGGCUGGAGGGGCAGGAAGACACCACCUCUCCUCUCACCUUAUGGAAUCUGCACAGCCAUGUCCACCUUGUCUAAUUGACGAGGUUCCCUUCUGUGCUUCAGCAAGGGGCUGGCCUUUCCCCUUGGUGCUGGCUCUUGGUCACAAUGCCUCAAAAGACUGGAACCCAGGUCCUGACAGUCCCAACUGCUAAAUUUUCCCUUUCAUUUUGCUUUCUAAAAGCAGUUUGUUAUACUAUUCAUAACAUUGUAGUUUAAUUUUACAUCAUUUUGGAUCUUAUAUAUAAAUGUGAGAAUUUGAAUUUUUGAAAAGAAUGACUCCAUUCUAGGUAGCCACUUUUGAUGUUACUAUAUAGUGAGCCAAUGUAUGCUUUAGAAGUAAAGACAUUGACUGUCACAGACCAAAGCUCUGUUUGUUCUGUUCGUGCUUCCACAGGGGGAUGAUGGGACACAGGCAGGUUGGGAUCUGGGACUAAAGGCUGGAUUUGAAUCCAAAGUUUUGGACUCUGGCUGUGUGGCAUUGGCAAUUUGCUUGAUCUCCUUGGGACUCAGUUGGCUCAUCUGUUUGGAUAUAGGUUAACCCUUGUCUUGCUGUGCAGUUGUGAGAUCAUAUGGUGUUAUGAGGCCCUGGUGGGAAAACUAAAAAGUGCUGGCAAUAUCAACUGCGGGACACAUGGGCCCUCAAGAAUGGACCUGCCUGUCCUUGACCUUGGGGCAUUGCCACAUCACUUGAGGAGGGAGUUGGGCUCUGAGGGACCAGUGAGUCAGGGUGGGCCAGAGGGCUGGGACUGGUAAUGGUAAGCAAGAAAAUUUGCUCAUCCCCUCUGUGGAGCAGUGGCCAACCCAGCUGGCCUUGCCCUGCCCAGAGGCUGGCCUGGUCUUGCUUUACCACUGCCCAUCCUGUCCCACAGUGACCCCUCUGCUUUCUACCUCAGUGCCUCCAUACUGGUUUCCUCUAUGCCCAUCUCUUCCUUUCCUCCAUGGGCCCAAUUGCAUCUCAGUCUCUUUCUAACCAUAUCCCGCCCCCACUCUCUCAGUUGGCGAUGGAACCCAGGGCUUUGCCCAUGCUAGGCAGGUGCUUGACUACUGAGCUACAACCCAGCCCUCUUCCCAUUUUUCAAAGGCCAGGGUGGGGCUGGAGAGAGGGAGAAACAGUACCCAGGUCUGGGCAUCUGAGAGCCAGUGGAAGGUAGCCAGCAGGAGGACCUAGCCCUGGGUGGGUAGGGUGAGGGUGGAAAGUUAAAAGGGCAAGGAGCUAUAUGCACUGUAGAGAACCCCAAAACUGGGUACAGAAGGCUUACUAAAAAGCCAGGGAAUGCUCCUUCUGUGUGACCCAGGGAAGAAUUUGCACUUGAAAAGCCAUGUGAUUGUUUCUGCAGGCCUCUACCUCAGGAGGAGAUGGCCAGGUCCCUUUGUCUUAUUCCAGGCUCAAGUCCUGACUUACUUCCUAGUCACAUGACCUUAGGCAAAACCCAUCCACCUAGUAGGCAGGGUGGACCUACGUAAUCCCUUUGUGAAGAAAUUUCAGAGGUCCAGGACUUGUCCAAAGUUGUACAUGGUGAUGCAAGCAGCCUGGAUUAUAGGGGCUGGUCACAUGAAUCUAGGAUGUACACAUGGGUGGAAGACACAGUGGGGCCAGGAGAGUCCUGUGCCCUGAACCACGCAGGCCUCCAGCUUUGACCACUGGUGCCCGAGACUCUGGCUCCAACCUAACCUUUGCUGGGCAGGAAGCUGGUGACAGUGGCCAGGACCAGUCGUCGUUCUGACCCAGGGAGCAGGAAAGCUUUCCCCAGCAGGGCAGAGGGUGGCCAGCCCCUCCGGCCCACUGUCAGCUGCUUAAGAUAUCAAAACUCCAGUGCACCAUCAGCUCCCUUUAGGUCUAAGCCUCCUGGGCACUGUCAAGGAGGACCAUCUCUCCAUCUUCUGGCCUGCAUCCUGGCCCCCAAGACCCCUUUUCUCCUUCCUCCUUUGGAGCAGGCUUCUUCCUAGACCAUGGACUGCUCAGGCCAUAGAAACCCAAUGCCUCCUAGCCAAACUCUCCCAGGACAAGCUCCACAGCCCAUCUGAAAGCAAGUGGUUUCUUUGUUCUUUGAAGGUCACACCUUUAGGAAGAGCCUUGGCCGCUAUUGAUUUUCUAAAAUCUACAAACAUUCCUGCUGAAUAGUCUGAAAAGGAAAUGGGGGGGGUGUGGGGUCUGUCUUCACUGUGUGUAUGUCUGCAUUCCUGCCUUUGUUCAUCCACUAGCAUUACCGAGCACCUGCUGUUUGCCAGGCCCUCAGCCCAUGCCACAUGACACAAAGAACUGCAGAUGAGAGUUUUGGGGUUUUCAUGAAUCAGAGGUAGGAUCAAAAUAGGUCAAAACUGUUGAUAUUUAGUAGGAAAUUUUAUGUGCAAAAGUCCUUCCUGACUCUCCUUCCAUUCCACCU